AACGAACAACCCUGGGAGACACCCUGCACUCAGCUCCUCGUCUUUGUUGCCACGCCAGGCUGUGAUGGGUUUCCCAGCUUGGACUCCAAGGAAAGCUAUAAGCUGUCCGUCUCAGAAGGCUCCUUGCUGCUCUCUGCGGAUGCCGUCUGGGGAGCUCUCAGAGGCCUGGAGACCUUCAGCCAGCUCGUCGAGAGAGAUGAGAAUGGCACGUACUACAUCAACAAGACAGAAAUCGUGGACUUUCCCCGCUUUCCUCACCGGGGACUGUUGCUGGACACCUCUCGUCACUACCUGCCACUGAAAGCCAUCCUGGAAACUCUGGAUGUCAUGGCCUACAACAAGUUCAACGUGUUUCACUGGCACAUUGUGGAUGACCCAUCUUUCCCUUACGAGAGCUUGACCUUCCCAGAGCUCAGCAAGCAGGGAGCCUUCAAUGCCAUGACCCACGUGUACACAGCCAGUGACGUGCAGACAGUGAUUGAGUAUGCCCGGCUGCGUGGCAUCAGAGUCAUUGCCGAGUUUGACACUCCUGGGCACACCCUCUCCUGGGGUCCAGGUGCUCCGGGCCUCCUGACUCCCUGCUAUUUGGGCAAGUAUCCUUCUGGGAGCUACGGACCCAUCAACCCCAUCCUUAACAGCACCUACCAGUUUGUGACCAGUUUUUUUCAAGAGAUCAGCACUGUGUUCCCAGAUUUCUUUCUUCACCUUGGUGGUGAUGAGGUGGAUUUCACAUGCUGGAAAUCCAAUCCAAAAAUUCGUGCCUUCAUGAAGGAGAUGGGCUUUGGUGAAGAUUACAAAAAAUUAGAGUCAUUUUAUAUCCAGAGGCUUCUGGACAUCGUCUCUUCCCUUGGCAAAGGUUAUAUUGUGUGGCAGGAGGUGUUUGACAACAGAGUGAAGGUGAGGCCAGACACUGUUGUCCAUGUGUGGAAGGAGCACUCCACACCAUACAUGGAGGAGAUGGCAAAUGUCACCAAGGCUGGUUAUCGGGCUCUGCUCUCUGCCCCCUGGUACCUCAACCGCAUCUCCUACGGGCAGGACUGGAUGGCGGCCUACCAGGUGGAGCCCUUGGAGUUUGAAGGUGGCCCUGAGCAGAAGGAUCUGGUGAUUGGCGGAGAGGCCUGCAUGUGGGGUGAAUACGUGGAUGUCACUAACCUGACCCCCAGGCUCUGGCCAAGAGCUGGGGCCAUAGCGGAGAGACUGUGGAGUAACGUGACCGUGAGGGACCUGCAAGAUGCCUAUGUGCGGCUGGCCGACUUCCGCUGCAAGCUUCUCCGGCGCGGUGUCCAGGCGCAGCCUCUCUACGUAGGAUACUGUGAAAAUGAAUUCAGUGGGUUUUAAAUGAAGAGUCCUGCUGCCCUCGGUCACUGCGUGCACAGGAGGAACAUCCCUCUCUCUCUCAAAAGCUGCUGGCUCAGCAGAGGGACCCUUUCCCUCAACUUCUGCUCUUGCUUUGUUGCAAUGAACUUUUUUUUUUGCCUUAGCAUGCACUCUUUGCCUCUUUUUCUAUUUUUAUUUCUUUAAAUCUAUAAAUAAAUAACCCCCAAGAGGUAAAAAGUGCCUUUUCAUGCUCAGCUGGGGCUUGGGAGACUGUGCAAGGGUUUUUGUAAUCAGGAGAUGGGUAGGGCUUGCUCU